AUGGGGACAAGCUAAUAGCAAUGCAUUGUCAUCUUACUUGGACACUGGGACAAAGCCCAUUGGCUCAACCAGGUGCCAGCAUUUGUCAUCCACCACACAUUGAUUCUCUCUGUAUCUUCCACUCCUUCCCUAUAUAAGGCUCAAGCCCCCAUGAGCUCUUCAAACCACAAUUCAACUUCACAACAUUUCAAGUUACAGCACAAGACUCUUGUUCUUCAUUCAACUGUAGCAUCUACAUGGCAGCUACCACCUUCUCCACGAGAAGUUUGAAGCUCCGAUCAUGGCACCGGUGUUCGAAGCAAGCUAGAGAGCAGCGGGCACGGCUUUAUAUCAUAUGGAGAUGUGCUGUGAUUCUCCUGUGUUGGCAUGACUAAGCUGUUGGAGUUCAGUGAGAGCACCAGUUUGAAGCCUAGUUUUCAGUUCCUUGCUAAAAACUAGCUAGGUGGGAGCUCUUACACCAGGGAAUUUUGGGUUAUAGAACAGAGUUAAGGAGGAUUGAUGAUGUAGUUUUUGUUAGCAGACAGAAAUCAGAUGGAACCGGGAAGGUCCGGUCGAUGUAUAAUACACAUGUACCAUAGGGACAGCUGAAUUAGUAACAUGUUUUGGUUUUCAUUUACUGAUGUAUAUCAUAGCUUUUUAGACUUUGCAGCAA